CGAUAUUUUGGUAUUAAUAUUUCGAUAUUUUAUAUCGAUAUCUUACAAACGAUAUAUCGAUUCAAAUAUCGAUAUUGGUCUGUCGAUAUCGAUAUUUUCAGUAUGGACAAAGACUAAGUUUUUUUUGCGUUGAGGUUUUGCACAUUGAACUACAUAUCGUUUGUCGACACACGUUUACACCGCCAUGUGAUUCUACCCUUAAGCUUUGUGUGGCAGAUUGUGAACUUAACGUUAAUGUAUAUCGAAGCACUGCUUCUGACCGUAAUUUGUAUUUAUAUUCUAUGCAUGUAUUCUGUGUAUUUGUAUGUCAAGUUUUAGUCAAGUUACAAGUUACAAACAACUGAACGUUUAAAAUUAACGCAUUGAUGUCGUGUAGUUAAUUAAAUCGAACUAAUUUGAUAAUAUUUUGAAUGAUCACUACGCAAAUAGAAGGAUAAGAACAAUUAAAAAGAUCACUAAAUUCUAUGCAUUUAUAAAAUGAGCGGUGGUCCAAGUCCUGUGCGAAAGCACUUUUUACCUACAGAUCAGAAAAACCUCAUGCAAUGUAAAUAUUGCUCAGGUCCUCAUUCGCUAGUGAAAUGUUCUGGAAACACUACAAAUAUGUUUAACCAUUUAAAGGCGAAUCAUGUUGAGAUGUAUAACGCUCUUAUGAUAGAAAUUGAUGAAAAAAAAUCCAACCUCAAACGGAAACACGAAAAUAAGGAAAAUUCAUCGUCGACUAACAAAUCAACUAGUGCUCAAAACAAUGAAUCUGUUAGUUCUAGUGCAAGCGAAUCUUUGACGACUACUGAGCCAAGCGAACAAUCAGGCAGGGAAAAUAUUAAAUAUUCAUUUAAAAAUAUUUCAUCAUUUCAAGAAGGAGGCACUAAACACAAAAAUCUAACAGAUAAAAUCUUAUUUAUGAUCUGUAAAGAUAGUGAACCGUUUUCAAUGGUAGAAAGAGAGGGAUUUAUAAAAAUGAUGAAAUAUGCAGUUCCGAAUUAUAAAGUACCUUCUAGACAAACGUUUAUUAAUCACUUGGAUUCAAAAUACGACACAGUAUCUCAAAAGUAUAAGAUACUUCUGAAAAACGUAACGUGCGUAACACUAACUACAGAUAUUUGGACAGAAAGUAAAAACACACGGAGCUUUCUUGGUGUUACCGUUCAUUUUCGUGAUAAAGAUCAAUUUAUGUCGGGAAUACUGGGUGUACAUGAACUGACUGAAAGUCACACUGCAAUAUACAUCAAAGAAAUACUCGAAAAAGUAUGCGCAGAAUGGGAAAUAGAUAAAAGUAUUAUCACAGCCAUCGUUACUGAUAAUGCGGCAAAUAUGGCGCUUGCCGUUGAAUUAUUUCUUGGGAAAAAUCAUCGCUUGGGAUGUUGUGCUCAUACUAUAAAUUUAGUAGCAACGGAUUCUAUCAAGAAAAUUGACGGAUUGGAUAACGUGAUAAAAAAAGUAAAAACUAUUGUAACAUGGUUCAAAAGAAGUGUCAACGCUACCGACUUGCUGCGCAAAAAAAGUAAAUUAAAAUUAAUUCAAGACGUUGAAACACGUUGGAAUUCAACGUUUUACAUGAUCGAGAGAUUCAUCGAACUACGAAAAAUUGUAAACGAAAUUUUAGAUGAUUUUUCCUCAGCGCCUCCUGCGGUUACUGCUGCCGAAUUAGAGAUACUAAAAGAGCUGACAAAUGUACUCCGUCCUUUGGAAUCAGCUACGAGAGAUUUGUGUGGUCAAAAAUAUGUCACAACCAGUAUGGUGAUACCACUAAUAAAUGGAUUGCAGAGAGAGUUGGAGAAUCUAGUUCUUGAACACCAAGUAGCUUCAGUUUUGAAAGAAAAUCUUUUAAAAGAAAUUCUUCGCAGAUUUGGACUCAUGGAAUCCUGCCACUUUUUUGCUAUUGCUACAAUCUUAGAUCCGAGGUUCAAAAAAGUGGUGUUUAAGCAACCAACAGAGUGUGCACGUGCAAUAAGUCAAAUCAACAGAUUAUUUCUGGAAAUCAAGAGUAACAAUUCUACUGAACGAGAACUCGAUUCUGAUGGAGAUACGAAUAAUGAGUCAGAAGAAAGUAAAGAAAAGUCUUCACUUUGGAAAUAUUAUACAGAUUGCGUGCAAAAUGCCAAACGAGGAAGAAAGGAGCUAUCGGAUAGUGGCUAUGCAGAUGAACUAACGCUUUAUCUUCGAUCUGAAGUUUCUCACUUCGAAACUGAUCCUAUACGCUUUUGGGUGGAAAUGGAGCAUAUUUACCCUACAUUAUCUCAGAUUGCGUUGAAAUAUCUUACAGUAGUUGCUACAUCAGUACCUUCAGAAAGGUUGUUUUCGAAAACUGGCAUUUUAAUGAACGAAAAGAGAAACCGACUUGAAGGAAGUAAACUUCAUAAGCAACUUUUUUUGGGAGCAGUCGACGAAGCUCUUUGGAUAAUUAAAGCGUUUAAUGGUUCUAAUAAAAUUCGCAAAUCUCGAAAAAAGGUGACUUCGGAUCUAGUGCAGUCACUUGCAAUUGACAGUACAUAUUUUGAUUGAAGUUAUAUGACCCGGAAGGAUGAUCGGCAAGCGAAUAUGAUGCGUUAUAAAUAAAUUU